UGUUCCAUCUCGAGAACCACGUCUGACGAACACAACUCUCCGCGAACUUGACUCGUAUCAAUGCAGGCAUGCUCGGCGCCCUUGGCGGACAUCAGGGUGCUCGAACCUCAAGGUCACCACCAUCAGCCUUUGCGCGAGACAUUACGACCCUAUGUACGGCAGCGCAUGAAUAACGACUGACAAUGCGAGCACUACAGCACAUAGUACUGCUCCUCUUAGUGCGCGUUGUCACUCUGGUCCACAGCGCUGGCAUAACCCCUAACCAUGUGCCUGACCCACUGGCUUUCGAGCCUACACUCGUCAACGUGGACGAUCCAGCCCAAAAAUUUCUCCAUAUGGGGGCGAUGCCGCCUGCUGAGCAGCAAUCGUCGCCCCGUCAUCGGCAAGAGAAGGCUCACUUGAUGAAACGAAUGGACCGCAAACACGGAAAAUGGGGUCCGACACAUCCACGAUAUCGACUCCUUGAGGCCCUUUUCGGAUUCUCCAAGUACCGCGAACGCAACUUGGCCGAGCUCAACCGCUGGAGAAGUCUCUACAAGAAUGUCUCCAAAAAACAAAAGCAGACGUUAGAGAAGGUGGUUGGAUACGCGAAGAAGCUGAAUGACAUCGAGGAGCUCAUCUAUCGGAACGAGGCUUUGUGUAAGAGCAUCGUUGCUCAUGCGAUGGAUUUCUACGGCAUAGAGCAGAGCGAGCUGGACGAUCAUACGAAAGAAGCAGAGAAGACAAAUCGCCAGGCCGACAAGAUCAGCGUCAGCCAGACCUUGAAGCACUUCGUUCGCGACUGGGCGGACGAGGGAAUGAAGGAGCGGGAGGACGCCUUUCCAUGCGUCCUGAGCAUGCUGAAGGGGCUUGGUCUCGAUUCCGCAGGAAACGGCCGCCCAGUAAAGGUCCUCCUUCCCGGCUCCGGCCUAGGACGCUUGGGGCAUGAAGUGGCUGAGCUAGGAUACGAAGUCACUGUCAACGAAUGGUCCAUGUACAUGAACGUUGCAUACAGAUAUCUCGAAGCGCAUACAGAUCCGCACUCCAUCUCCAUGUAUCCGUUCAUCGACGGCAUGUCGCAUCACGCCAGUACCAGCGAUAUGAUGCGCGAGGUGACUUCGCCGAAUGUGCGGCCCAACCCUUCUGUACUUCUAGUUGAGGGAGACUUCGUGUCAGCAUUUUCGGGCAAAGACGUGGAGUUCGACAUUAUUAUCACCCAUUUCUUCAUCGACACGGCCCGGAACUUGAUGUUCUAUUUCGACACCAUCCAGCGUCUGCUCAAGCCGGGUGGACAUUGGAUCAAUUUCGGGCCCCUUCUCUACGGCUCUGGACCUUUCGUGCAGUUGAGUCUAGACGAGAUCGUUAUGGUCGUAGAAGACAUGGGCUUUCAAUUCGAAGACAUCGACGAUUCGUGUGGAGAUUUGACGUUCUCGGAGAAGAAGGUUCGAGGGAAGGAGGCAGAGUACGGGUUCAAUGGGAAAGCGCUGACGAAAAACGCGUAUGAGGCUCAAGCAUGGAUGGCGCGCAAGAUAUAAUGUUGCUGGCUAUAGUCACUAGUAUACUUAACCUUGGGUUGUAUAUAGCUAUUUCCUCUACAAUCUUCAGUACAACCUAGAUAUAUUAUCUACUACUAGUUAUAUGUUGCCGGAUAUGGUUACUGCACCACCUGACUUGGGUCAUAUAUAUAGCCACAUUUCUCGUAUUCUCAAUCAAUCAACUCAUGUCUC